CCGCUGGAGAAAAGUUGUCCCGGGCAGAGCGCGAGCGGCCACGGGAUCCUGAGGCGCCGCGGUGUGAAGCCCCAGGGGCGGGCGCGCCCCCGACCCCCGAGCUGCGGCGGAGACACCGACUCGCCCGCUGGGGACGCUCCGGGGCAUGGGACAGCCGGCGGGGGCGGCGGGCGGGCGCUGCGCCGCGGGCGGGCGGCGGGCGGCGUGAGCGGCCGGGACCCACGAUGCGCUCGGAAGGCGCGGCCCCCGGGCGGGUGGCGCCGCUGUGCGGGGCGCUGAGCCUGGUGCUGGGCGCCUUGCUGGGCAAAGUGAUAGAGGGCCGAGGUGUCUCGGACAACAUUCAGAGACUUUCUUCACUGCCACCUUACCUGCCUGUCAGCUACCACAUCCUCAGAACAGAAACCUCUUUCUUCCUGAAAGAAAUCAACCAGGACUUCAUGCGCAAUGCCAGCCUGCAGUCCAGGGUGGAGUCUUUUUUCACCUACAGAGCCAAGCGUCCCCCGAUCCUCAAUGCCAGCUACGGGCCUUUUUCUGUGGAGAAAGUUGUGCCUCUGGACUUGAUGGCCACUUCAAACUUCUUAGGUCCCACCAACAAGUUUUCUCUGAACUGGAAACUCCAGGCCCGAAUCCUGCAGGAGAAGAUCUACCUGAGCCGGCCCCGAGUGCAGGUGCUGUUCCAGGUGGUGGGCAGAGACUGGGACCAACACAGCGCCGGGGACACGCUGCCCUGCCUGCGGGUGUUUGCUUUCAGGGAGACCAGAGAAGUGCGAGGCAGCUGCCGGCCACAGGGAGACCUGGGGGUGUGUGUGGCUGAGCUGGAGCUGCUCACCGCAUGGUUCAGUCCCCCGUCGGUGGCCAACAGGAAGAAGGUGGCUGAACAACUGGAGGCCAAUCCUGUUGACCUGUACUACAGUGUGCACCCUGGGGCUGAGCGGGGAGACUGCAGUGGAGGAGACAUCAGGAAGGGCAAUGCUAUCCGUCCAGGCAAGGAUGGACUAGGGGAAGCCACAUCCUACUUGCAAAGGAUUGGUGCCGUCAGCCUGUACCAGACCCAGGAUAACGCUCAGCUCAACGAGUUGCGUCUGGAUGGCAACAUUGUCAUUUGGUUGCCUUCUAGACCAGUCAAACAAGGAGGUGUGGUCACUGCCUAUGUCACCAUCGCCAGCAAUUCCACUGUGGAUCUCUUCAUCUUGAGAGCCAAGGUGAAGAAAGGGGUGAACAUCCUUGCCAUGCAGACCAGUGAGCCGCAGCAGUGGGACGUGAAGCAGGAGAUGGGGAAUGGUGGGAAACACUCCACUACGACCGUGGUGUGCCAACGCCUGGGCCCUGGCACAGGAGACAGAAGCAACAGCCUCUUCAAUGAGGUCGUGCAGAUGAACUUUGAAAUAGCCAGCUUCAGCAGCCUGUCGGGGACCCAACCCAUCACCUGGCAGGUGGAGUAUCCCCGGAGGGGCACCACAGACAUCGCUGUUUCUGAGAUCUUCAUCAGCCAAAAGGACCUGGUCGCCAUCGUGCCCUUGGCCAUGGACACUGAAAUUCUGAACACCGCCAUACUCACAGGGAAGACAGUGUCCCUGCCCAUCAAGGUGGUCUCAGUGGAGGAGAACAGUGUCAUUACAGAUAUUUCAGAAUCAGUGGAGUGCAAGUCCACAGACGAAGACGUCCUCAAAGUGUCUGACCACUGUGACUAUGUCUUCGUCAAUGGCAAAGAGAUCAAAGGCAAGGUGGAUGCAGCAGUGAACUUCACCUACCAGUACCUGAGUGCCCCCCUGCACAUCACUGUGUGGGUGCCCAGGCUGCCCCUGCAGAUCGAGGUCUCUGACACAGAGCUUAGCCAGAUUAAAGGCUGGAGGGUCCCCAUUGUGACCAGUAAGAGGCCCACCCGGGAGAGCGAGGAUGAGGACGAGGACGAGCGGCGGGGCCGGGGCUGCGCCCUGCAGUACCAGCGUGCCAUGGUGCGUGUGCUCACCCAGUUCGUGGCGGAGGGCGCAGGCUCCUGGGCACCGCACAGCCACCUGCUUACUCCCGACUGGCAGCUGGACAUCACGCACCUGGUGGCCGACUUCAUGAAGCUGGAGGAACCCCACGUGGCCAUGCUGCAGGACAGCAGGAUCCUGGUCGGCCGGGAGGUCGGGAUGACCACCAUCCAGGUGUUGUCCCCUCUGUCUGACUCCAUCUUGGCAGAGAAGACGGUGACCGUACUAGAGGACAAAGUGUCUGUGACAGACUUGGCCAUCCAGCUGGUGGCAGGGCUGACUGCCACCCUCUACCCCAGUGCGGAGAACAGCAAGGUCAUCACCACUGUGACCCUGGCCGAGGAGCUGCUUCGAACCCCCAAACAGGAAGCCGUGAUCAGCACGUGGCUGCAGUUCAGCGAUGGCUCUGUGACUCCCCUGGACAUCUAUGACACCAAGGACUUUGUCCUGACUGCCAACACCCUGGACGAGGCCGUGGUGUCAGUCCCCCCAGCCCGCUCCCCCUGGUGGCCUGUCGUGAUGGCCGAAGGGGAAGGCCAGGGACCACUAGUCCGGGUGGACUUGGCCAUAGCCGAAAUCUGCCAGAAAUCCAAGCGCAAGAGCGUGCUGGCCAUGGGCCAGGCUUACAUCAGGGUCAAGUUCGGCCAGAGCGAUGAGGAGCCCAGCCUGGACCGUGAGGACAAGGAAGACGAAGGGCAGAUCAGGAACCACGCCAGUGGCCGUAGACACAAGAACCUGGACCCCGAGCGUGGGGGGCAGGACAGCCAUCUCUAUGGGGGCUCUUCCCUGGAGCGAGAGGAGGGGGCUCUGCGGAAAGCCAGCAGCACCACCAAGACGCUUCCGGACAACAGGGUGGGCAAGAACAGCCGGCUGGAUGGCGAGGGCCAGCUGCAGAACAUCCCCAUUGACUUCACCAACUUCCCGGCCCAGGUAGAGCUCCCCCAGGCUGGGGCAGGGUUGCAGGAGGACGACCCGGUGCCCACACCAAGGGGCCUGAGCGACCUGGAGAUCGGCAUGUACGCCCUGCUGGGGGUCUUCUGCCUAGCCAUCCUGGUCUUUCUUAUCAACUGCGCCACCUUCGCACUCAAGUACAGGCACAAGCAGGUCCCCCUGGAGGGCCAGGCCUCCAUGACGCACUCGCACGACUGGGUCUGGCUGGGCAAUGAGGCCGAGCUCCUGGAGAACCUGGGUGAGGGGUCCCCGCCGCCCGAUGAGCACACGACCAUCCUCGACCGGGGACUGGGGGGCUAUGAAGAGAGCAACCGGCUCCUACUCAAUGGGGGCUCCCAGAAGCCCCGCCCAGCACAGAGCCUCCGGCCUGGGGACAGUGGAGGCCCACAGAGCCGGGAGCAGAAGCCAGAGCCCCUGCACUCGCCCACCUCCAAGAGGAAGAAGGUCAAGUUCACCACUUUCACCACCAUCCCCCCGGACGACAGCUGCCCCACCGUGAACUCCAUCCUGGGUGGCCAUGAUGAGGACCUCAAGUGGGGGUGCCCCGACUUGGAUGGGGGUGGCCCCAAAGAACUCAGAAACUAUUUGGAGAAAUUCAAAGACAAAAUGUAGGCCCCUGGAAGACCCCUUUCUGCUGUAGAUCAGGGGCAGGGAGGACCCUGUCAGGAACAGCAGCCUGGGGAGGGUGGGGAUUCAAACAUGACUCAGCCGGGUCCUGUCUCAGAACAGUCGGGACAUCCAAAGCCGGGAAAGGGAUUUUUUUUUUUUUGUAUCAAAGGAGUUUUUAACAGUGGAGGAUGGCGAAUUUAGGGGAGUCAGCAGGACAAACUUUGGGAAGGCCUCUGACAGAGACAUUGAACUUCGCCAGGCAGCCUUUGGAAGGUUUACUCUUAGGAGCCCAACUAGAAUGCAAAUGAGCUACCAAAAAUUCUUUGUUAAAAAAAUGAAAAAAAAAAAAGACAAAAUAAAAAGACGCAGAAAUAAUCACUCGUUUAUAUUUCUAAUAGAGGAGCAAAACAAAAUUAGGGCAUGCCCAGGGAGAUUUUUUUCCUUUUUUUUUUUUUUUUUGGCUUAAUAACCCCCUUUUCAAAGUCAGCCUUUCAUGCUGACUUGACUUUGGGGGGACACAGCCAUUCCGAACAUCAGUUGACUCUUGGCAUAAACCUGUGAUUUUUUUCUUUCUUUCUUUCUUUUUUUCACUUUUUCUUAUCUUGGCUACAUUUUUCUUCUUUUUUUUUUUUUUUUGACUUUCCCUCUUUAUCCUAGGUUUCUAUUGGACAUAUAGAUCAUAUUUAUUUCUGAGGAUUCAAGGGCAUAUAUUCGCUAAAUUAAAUGUGAGUCAUAUUCCCAUUCAUUUGGUGGAUUCUGAGAAGCAGUGCCAGUGGAACCAUGCAAUAAGUUGGAGACUUUUCUGUAUCCCUCUAGCCUUGUUGACUCACCCUGGGUUUUUCCAAUUAGAGAACCCUGUGGUGGAUGCUGCCCUGACCCUUGACCUCACACCCACGAUAAGGUCAAGCUCAGUGGGUGGGACAAUGAAGUGGUCCAGUGAGACAUAACCAAAAGGACAGAGCCUGGCCCUUCUGCAUAUUCAGCAACCCUCAUGGGGCCCCUUCUCCGUAGGGUGGUGGAUAGGGGGUGAUGUCAUAUCAGAAGGAUCACCAGUAGUCUCACAGGAGAGAGUGUAGUUGUAUCAUGAAACACACUGCUGUUGAGAAGUGCACAAAAAUUAAAACAUUUUAAGUGUUUUUUUUUCUUGCUUUGUUGGGCAGAGUGCACCAGCAUAAACUACAAAGAUAAAAAUCUAUUGUCAGUUGACUGUGUGUUCCUUUCUUUCUUUUUUUUUCUUUCUCUUUCUUUUCUUUCUUUUUUUUUUUUAACAGCCUCAUUGCAAAACUACAUUCAUCCAAAAUGAAAUGAGGGAGGAGCAGAGAGCCAGCCAGGACACAGGUCUGUAGAAAGAUGGCUGGUCUGAGCUUCUGCCAGCAGGGCGGCACUCACACCCACCAGGGCUGCUGCCCCACACCCACUAGGGCUGCUGCCCACUUCUAUUUUUGUAAUGCCUAAAAGCAGUCACUAAGACAGGGUCUUUGGAGCCACAUACCUUUAGCUGGGACUUUUAAAACACAAUUUCUAGCACAUACUAGAAGUGAAAAAGGAGAUAUUUAUUUAUACCUGUGAUGCCAAUUGUCAUUAAAAUGCUUCCCAUGGCUUGACAA